AUGGCUGACUCAUGGAACGUCUAUGUUGCAUUCUGUCAACGGAGAGGUAAUGACCCUUUGCAUUGGAUGCUUUUGCUUGCUAACCCUGGGUCGCUGCGUUGUACAUGGUAUCACGUCGUUGGAGGUCCUACACAGAAUCGUGACUACGAGCGCAAGAUUCAGGCCGGGAAGAGAAUGGACAGUUUCGGUAUAUCGAGAAGGCAAUACGUGGGCUGUAUUUCCGCAAGCGAUAUCAACAAGGUGAAAUCAGCGGUAGUAGCAGUCCCUGUACAGAAUUGUCAACGCUGGAUGGUCGAAGUGCUUGCCGGGCUUGAGCGCAAAUUCUUGAUUCCUUUUGGCACCAGCGUUCAUUAUCAUAGCCAGACUGAACCUUCCCUUGCUGGAGAAACCGGGGAUGGCUGGUUCUUGCUUUCCUCAACUUGUCAAGAGGAACUGACUAUUGAAGAACCUGGUAGCAACUAG